GACGUCUACGCGAUGCACGGUGCUUACGCAGUCGCCUUGGUGGCGCUUUGUGCCACAAACACCGUUGUCGUGGCCAAGCUUGGUUCACCGGGAGGACCACUGAAGCUGCCGCGCGACAUGAUUGACAGCUUCGAGGCUUUCUCCAACUUUCCGUACUCGGUGGCCAUAUCGGACUCGGACAACGACACCAUGUUCGAGUGUGUGGUUGCCAAAAGGACAGAGAUCGACCCCGUGGAGCGAACAGCCACGUUCGUCUGGCACUUUUUGGAGACUGACCAUUCGCCUGAGCAAGAUAUUCCUUUCUAUGGACGGUCUGGAACGAGUCCGGGAACGAUGGAGGUUGUUGUCGGUGACGACCCAACGGUUCUGGAGGGAAUUUUCUACUAUUCCAGCAAGGACUGCGUCGUGAUGGACCUCGAGUAUCACGGACACCAAUGCCUCCUCUGGACACGCUGGCAGUUUAAGGACUCCGUGCCGCAACACUGCAUCGACCAUUUCGUGGACACGUGCGGUGUCGUGCCUCCGGCACACAGCAGACCUCUGCCCUGACGGCGAAGGGGACUACUAGGUCUACGAAACCACACAAUGCCCCCGAAACAUUCAGCCUGCGCAGAGCCGCAGAGCCCGAUCUCGAAGUCUAGGACGAAAUGUUGUCGAGGGGGACAAUAAAAAAAAAUGUG